AUGCUCUCAGGAUCCCAGGCCUUGGCAAGGAGAAACACCCUUCUGCUGACCACUGAAUUGGCCACUACCAAUGAAGAAUACAACAUGGACAGAUCGACCUUGCUGACGAAGCUCGUUGCGGCGGAGAAAGCCACCGAAGAGGCGGAAUCCAAGCUAAAAGCCAUUGUGGCAGCUGACAGGCAACUCCGCGCUUCCAAGCUGGAACUGAGCUCCGCCAACAAGGCGAUGGCCAAUGCAGAGGCAGAGCUUCGGGGGAAGAGGAACCCAAUCUUCUCUGCGGCGGAGACAGUGGAAUUCACGCAGGUGAACGAUCAUUCUUGCACGAGGGCACUGCACUCAACCAAGUAUAUGGCGCAUGAAAUAUGUAUUAUAGUGAACAUAUUCAACAAGAUGAUUGGCCACAUCAUCGAACAACUAGUAGAGCAAUUCCUCCCUGUGCGAUUUCCGUGA